GAUAUACAGAAACACUGGGGUGGAGUGAAAAGAGGAAGGAAGCAGGUUUAAAACCAGAGACGGCUGCAAAACACACACACUGACUGGACAGCAAACAAGCCAGUGAAGACGAGAGGAAGGUCGCAAACGUUUCUUUUUCUCUGUUUUUGAGAGAAAUCAUCUCCUAUUAUGUGACCAAAAGCGCUCCGGAGGUGCUUCAUUUGGGGCCAUAAAUCUAUUUUCAGUCUGAACCGUGCUCCUCUUAAACACUCCGAGAACACCAAGUGAAAACCUCCGCGGUCCUGUUCGCCUCAUCUUUCCAUUGCACCAGCAGGUGUUAUGGAUCUGCAGUGUCUCCGACGCUGGAAAGUUUUGCCACUUCUUCUGUUGUUGCCAGGUGGAUUUUGGUGUAUGUCAGUUCACAUCCUGAAUGAGCAGCCUGUCCACGUAAUCCCAGGCUCCAAGCUGGUUCUCACAGCUCGGAUCGAGAAGGAUCUCAGGGAAGAGAUCUCCACGAUAACGUGGACACGGGAGCCUGAAACCGGAUAUGAUCGGACCAAAGUGACGCUGGCUACGUGUCCUGCCAAAAACCCAAAGUGUUCUGGUGGAAAGCCAGAUGUGCAAGUGAGUUUGAAGCAGCAGGAGACGACACUUGAGAUGAACGGAUACAGCACAGAAGACAGGGGAGAGUACUCUGUGACUGUGACGGAUCGCUCAGGAGCCAAUACCACCGGACGCUGCAUCGUCAGGGAUUACGAGGCAGUUCAUCAUGUCUCCGUCAGCAUCAACGUGUCUUACUCCUUGCUGGUUUGCCGCGAGGCGUGGGGGACAGACCCCAGCUUCAGCUGGCUGCACGAGAGAGCUGCCGUCACCCAGCAGGUGGGAAAAGUCUCCAAGGAUGGACACAUGCUGAUUGUAACCAUGACUCCCCUUUGUGGUCACUUCACCUGCAUGGUUGGCAACAAGUUGGGAUACAGCUCUGCCUCAUACACUGCAGCACCUUGUGAAAGCGAGGGCAGAGGGACGACGGCGGCUGUGGUUUGUCUUGUCCUCCUGCUGCUGGUGUGUGGAGGAGUGCUGGCGUUUCUCUUGUGGAGGAGGCGCAGGGAGACUAACAUGGGAGAGAGGUUGUACGAACACACAGACGACACAAUCUAAAAAAGAUCAGAGCUGUUGCUAAAAAGUCUCAGAGGAGAACAGUGGACGGAGCCGCACAACGAGGGUGGAAACUUCCUGCCCUGUGAGCAGUGUGACCUCAAGCUGCACGGAAACAAUGUGGAGAGUGAACUGCUUCCAGACAAAUAUAGAAAAUACCUACAAGUGGACAUUCGGCUCACAGUGCCUCCUCCUCUGCCUGAGAAUGUUUUUUUGUUUAAGCGAUGUUUAAUUUGACUUCUUUAUGUUUUGUGGUCAGUAAAUUGCUUAAAAAUGUAUUACAUGAAGUUUAACGAUAAUUUAAGUCUGAAAGAAUAGGAUGCUUGGAUAUUCAUCUGUGCUUUGGUGAGAUUUCCUCUCAUUUGCUUUUAUUUCCAGGGUUCACUAUUCAGCUUACAUGCACACACAUUUAGAGCUAAGCAGCGAAAGCAAUUGAAAAAGACUUAAUUAAAAGCAGAUCCAGCUCAAGGUCAAGUUGCUACACAUUUAUGAAAAGUCUGGAGAAGUCUGGAAAUUGAUUCGAUCUUUUUUGUAAGUCAAGAUAACUAUGAAAAAGUAGUUACAUUUAAACACUUAUUGAGUUUUCUAAGGGAUGAAGACGUAUUUUGUAAAAUGAAGUGCUUUUUAGAAUAAUUUGUGCUCAAAGUACAGGGCAGAGGGGCAGGAAGAGAUUCAAAAUCAAAACAAAUCAACAGAAAGGAUCAGAGUAAAGGAUCACAAAUUGUGCUUCAAAGAAACUUUGUGUGUGUGUGUGUAUGUGUGUGUGUGUGUGUGUGUGUGUGGUGUGUGUGUGUGUGUGUGUGCAUGUGUGUGUGUAGGUGUGGUGUGUGUGUGCGUGUGUGUGUGUGUUACAGAUUUAAAAUGUUAAGACUAGAUGCCUAAAAAAGCUGUGACAUAGCCCUUUACUAGGGCUCCAACAUGCGUUGCGUUGUUAAAGAUUUGUGAAAUCUGAGGUAAAUGUUUUGUCCUCAAACAUCUCAAAUGUUUUUUCUUUGUUUCUUUCUUUUGUUUUGUUUUUUUAUUAUUUCAAAAAAUGUUGACAUCUGAGUCAGGGGCUGGGUUGAGCAACCAUAAAAAACGGAUCCCUGAUAUGUUCAUAAGCUAAGUAUAUGAAGCAUUAUCUCUGUUCAGACUUAAUUAAAUCAUGACUCAGUUAACAUAAGUUUCUGAUACAAU